AUGAUCAAUGGUGAAAUGUUGAUGCAUGCUUGUAUUUUUAACAUCACUAAAACUAUUGAUACUAUGCUUGUUCCUCUAAGUAUAUUUUUGUACAUAAGUUCAAAAUAUAAUUUUAAAUUCUUUCUUUUUCUACAGGUACUAAGUUUAUUUUGUGAAGCAUGCAACAAAGUGACCUUUAAUUUGCCUUCCAAACUAGAAGCAGGGGCAUUAAUUGGCAGAGUAAAUCUGAAACAGUGUCUCAGGACUUCAGACCUGAUCAGUUCAAGUGAUUCUGACUUCGAAAUUCUAGAAGAUGGUUCUUUGUUUACAGUCAAUGCCAUUUCACUGCCUUCCACUGACAGAAAUUUUACCAUAUUGCUUACGGACUCACAAAAACAUGUACAAAAGCAGAUGCGUGUCAUUUUGCGAUCCAAUCUGAAAAAGGCCCCUGAAAAAGGAGAGAUUGUUCUUAGAAGAAGUAAACGAAGAUGGGCUCCUGUUCCAACAACUAUAAUGGAAAACUCGCUGGGACCUUUUCCAAUGCAAAUUCAGCAGCUGUUUUCUGAUACAGCCCAAAAGUACAAUAUCACCUAUUCGAUAAGUGGUCCAGGUGUUGACCAACCACCACUGAAUUAUUUUUACAUUGAGAGGGAAACAGGAAAUCUAUUUGUUACAUGCCCAAUAGAUCGGGAAGAAUAUGCAGAAUUUAAGAUAAUUUGCUAUGCAAGGACAUUAGAUGGCUAUACUCCCGAGAUACCACUUGUACAUGUAAUACGUGUAGAGGAUGACAAUGACAACCCCCCAGUUUUUAACCCUGCUGUCUGUACUUUCUCUGUUUAUGAAAACAGCAGAUCUGGUACCAUAAUUGGAGAAAUGACUGCAACAGACAGAGAUGAGAUUGGUACACUACACACUAAACUGAAAUACAGAAUUGUGAACCAGGAUCCUAUGUCUCCUCAAUUCCCCAGAAUGUUUAAUAUAGAUGGAGAUUCAGGUGUUAUUACUUUGGCAUCCCCAGGCCUGGAUAGAGAGGGUGUAGAACAAUAUAUAUUACUAAUAGAAGCAAGAGAUAUGGGAGGUCAGCCCUUUGGUUUAUGCACUACAGGGACAGCUGUGAUUCAGCUUCAAGAUAGAAAUGACCAUGCACCCAUGUGUGAAAAGGGUUUGUAUGAAGUGUAUGUUCCUGAAAACACAGUUGGUGCAACAGUAAUAGAGAUUGGUGCCAUCGACAGAGAUCUGCCGAAAACUCCAGCCUGGCAUUCUACCUUCAAGAUUAUAAAGGGAAAUGAAGAUGGUGCAUUUAGAAUUGAGACAAAUCCAGAGUCAAAUGUUGGGACUUUAUGUAUUGAUAAGGGGCUGGACUAUGAAAAAACCAAGGAGAGAAGAUUGGAAAUUUCUGUAACUAAUGACGAGCCUUAUGUACUAGCACCAAAUUCAAGAACUGUUUCUCCAGGUUCUUGUGUUGUUGUUGUCAAAGUACGGGAUGUAGAUGAAGGACCAGUAUUUGACCCAUGUGUGUAUAUUAUAAAUGUUAAGGAAUGUUUGCCAGGUGGAACUGUGGUUGGCCACUACCCAGCAAGGGACCCAGAGACCGGAAAUAGUGAAGACAUUAGGUAUGGAAUAUUACAAGAUCCAUGUGGUUGGAUCACCAUGGAUGAAAGAGGUGAAAUCAGAACUGCUACACUCUUAGACAGAGAUGCACCAAAUAUGCAGAAUUACCAAUGUAAUGUAACAGUUUUUGCUACCGAUCGAAGUGGCAAAACAGGCACUGGAACAGUGGUGGUUAAUCUAGAAGAUGAAAAUGAUAAUUUCCCAGUAAUUGUUGAACCAGAAAAAAUAAUGUGCAGAGACAGAAAAGCAAUUUGUCUUACCGCUGUGGAUGCUGAUCUACCUCCUAAUACUGUUCCUUUCACUUUUGAAAUAACUGACAGAAACUUGGAAUGGAGACUGGUAGGAAAUGAUGAGAAAUCUGUGUUCCUGGAACCAGUGAACAAUAUACCCUAUGGCGUUUACGAUAUUCCUAUUUCGGUAUCUGACAAUGCUGGAAACCGUGGUAUUACUAAUGUAAGAGUUCUUGUGUGUGACUGUACAACCCCUAGUGAUUGUACUGGCGCCCUCCCACCUCGAUACAACGAACCAGAUGUGGGGCCCUAUCAAUCACCUAAUGUUACCCUUGGACUUUGGGCCAUACUCGCAAUGAUUUUGGGAUCGUUAUUACUGCUAUUGAUUCUGAUAACACUUUGUGGUGGCUGCUGUGGUGCUGCACCUGUGAGCAAACAUGUGUGUGAUGACUUAGCUAACCAGAACUUGAUCAUAUCAAACACUGAAGCUCCUGGAGAAGAAGUAAUGGAUCCAAACAUACUUCCUGUGAAAACAGGAAAUGUGGUUACUAGUGAUCAAGGGGUUGGCUUUGGAGUAAAAACUGGAGGACAGGAGAGCUUUGAAAUGGUCAAGGGAGGAGGACAUCAGACCAUGGAUUCAUUUGAAGGAGGAGGACUUCAUACCUUACAGUCAGUCAAAGGACAUCAGACAUUGGAAUCAGGAAGGGGAUAUGGACAUUCCAUGAUGGAUAACUAUAGAUACUCCUAUUCAGAAUGGCAGAAUUUCACUCAUCCUCGCCUAACUGAGAAGGUGUAUCUGUGUGGACAGGAUGAAGAGCAUAAGCAUUCUGAAGACUAUGUCCUUUCAUAUAACUAUGAAGGAAGAGGCUCACCGGCUGGCUCUGUAGGCUGCUGCACUGAUCAGCAAGAAGAAGAGGCGUUGGACUUUUUAGAUCAGCUGGAACCCAAGUUUAGGACAUUAGCAGAAACCUGUGUAAGGAGAUAAGUUUGGUGAUGACUG